AUGUUAGGCGCUGGAUUGCAGCAUGGACGUAGUAGUGGUGGAGAGGAUAGGUUUUACAUGCCGGCAAAAGCGAGAAGGAUUCGUCAGCAUCAAGAGAACCUCCGUAGAGCUCAAAGUAACGUUACUCCGCCCCAAUCUACGACAUCUUCUGUCAGGGAGGAGUCGGAGAAUCAACUCAUGCAACCAUCAAAUCCGGAGCCGUUGGAAUCCUCAGUGGUGGCGGUGCCGGCAACAUCAUCGUUGUGUAAUCUUGAACGGUUUUUGGAAACUGUUACGCCUUCUGUUCCUGUUCAACAUCUCUCCAAGAGAACUAUGAGAGGAUGGAGGACAAGUGAUGUGGAAUAUCAACCAUACUUUGUUCUUGGUGAUUUGUGGGAAUCUUUCAAGGAGUGGAGUGCUUAUGGUGUUGGAGUUCCUUUAAUAUUGAAUGAAGCUAAUUGUGUGAUCCAAUAUUAUGUGCCUUAUUUAUCUGGAAUUCAAAUAUAUGUAGACCAUUUGAAGUCUUCAAUAAAUUCCAGGCAACUAACUGAGGAUAUUGAUGAUAACUCAUUUACGGAUUCAAGUAGUGAUGGGAGCAGUGAUUAUGAGCAGGAAAAGGGUUCUUUACAUUAUCUAAGGGAGAAGAGUAAUAAUCAUCACCCAAAGAAUGACAUUCUUCACCGAAUGGAUCAUUUUUCAAUGAAUGAUGAGAACAAUGUAGUUCAAGAAGACUUUUCUAGUGAUGAUAGUGAUUCUGCCACCACUCAAAGUUGCUCGAUAUUUGAGUACAUGGAACAUAGUCAGCCUUUGGGCAGAGAACCUUUGUGUGAUAAGAUACUUGAUCUUGCACAACGCUUCCCUGAAUUGAAAAGUCUAAGAAGUUGUGACUUGCUGCCAUCUAGUUGGCUUUCUGUCGCUUGGUACCCAAUAUACAGAAUUCCCAUGGGGCCCACCUUGAAAGAUCUUGAUGCUUGUUUUCUAACUUUUCAUUCCCUUCACACUCCUACUACAGGCAAUGAAUGUGAGCAUCCACUUGUUGUAAGGCAUUUCAGUGGGACGGGUGUGGUCUCAUUACCAGCAUUUGGUCUUGCUUCAUACAAAUUAAGGGGCACCACUGGUUUGCCUGGACCAAUGGGGUUGAUGAGUACUAGUCAUUUGGAACAAGAAGCUGCAGUACUUGCUUUGUCAACUUUGAUGACCAUAGCUCCUGCACAAGUUUAUGCAGAAUUUGAAAAGCUUGGAAAUGGUGGUUUGUUUGGUGCUAGUUAUAUUCAGGUAAAAGAUUUCCCAUCUCUUAUAUUAAUGUUUGGUAACAAUCUUGUUGAAAGGACUUAUGAAUCAGAUAUUAAUGGUACCAAGUUUAACACUCGAAUCCAUACGAUUAGAUGUUAA